AUGCCGAGGGAAUUCAUUCGAGCGCAGUUGGCGGCGAACAUGGGGUCGGAGGAGGCGCUGGCGAAGGCGAAGGUGGUGGGGGCGACGCCGGACGCGCGAGACGAGGGAACGCCGGAUGCGUGGGUGCCGAGACACGAGUCGUUGGUGCGGCUCACGGGGACGCAUCCGUUCAACGUCGAGCCGCCGUUGACGGAACUCAUGGAGUGCGGUGGAAUCACCCCGGCGGAGCUGCAUCUCGUGCGUAAUCACGGGGCGGCGCAAAAGUGCGAGUGGGAUUCGCACCGAGUGACGAUCUCCGGGGAAGAUUUGAAGAAGUCGAGGUCGUACACGAUGGAUGAGCUCCUCGCCAAGCCGGCGAUGACGAUGCCGAUGUUGCUCGUGUGCGCCGGUAACAGACGCAAGGAGCAGAAUAUGUACAAGAAAACCAUCGGUUUCGGAUGGGGUCCCGCCGGUCUCUCCAACUCUCUCUGGACGGGCGUGCCGCUUCGUAUUCUUUUGCAAGAGUGCGGCGUCACGUGCGUGACGGAAAAGCGCCAAUACGUGUGCUUUGAAGGUCCGGAGGGUGAGCUUCCGAACGGGCCGAAGGGGACGUACGGAACCUCAAUCCCGCUUUGUAAGGCGCUCGAUCCGGCCGAAGACGUCAUGGUCGCUUACGCGCAAAACGGCGAAGCGCUGCGACCGGAUCACGGCUACCCGGUGCGCUUGCUCAUUCCGGGUUACAUCGGCGGUCGCAUGAUCAAGUACCUCACCACGAUCCGCAUCACCGAGCAACCGAGCGACAACUUCUACCACUUCCGGGAUAAUCGCAUCAUGCCUCCGGGCGUGGACGCGGCGAUGGCCGAUAAGGAGGGCUGGUGGGAGAAGCCCGAGUACAUCUUCAACGAGCUCAACAUCAACAGCGCCAUUUCUUCUCCGGCGCACGGCGAGCGUAUCCCCUUGGACUCCAAAACGUACACCGUGAAGGGUUACGCCUACACGGGUGGUGGUCACGCCAUCACGCGAGUUGAGGUGAGCUUAGACGGCGGGUACGAGUGGCGUCUAUGCAACGUCGUCCGCCCGUGCGCGCCGAACAUGUACGGCAAGCAAUGGUGCUGGUUUUUCUGGAAUCUCGAGGUCGACACCGCCGAGCUCGCGGGAGCGAAGGAAGUGAUGUGCCGCGCGUGGGACCAAGCGAACAACACGCAACCGCGUGAUUUCACCUGGAAUCUCAUGGGUAUGGGCAACAGCUGCCAUUUCAGAUGCAAACUCUCCGUGUCGGAGGAUGCCAUCGGGCGAUACGUCGUCGGUGAACACCCCACCGAGCCGGGCGCGCUCAAGGGCGGCUGGAUGGGCAACGAAGCCGGUGGGUGGAAGCCGAUCAUCGAGAUGCUCGAGUCUGCUCGCGCGGGAGAAGAGAAAAUCACCACUUCCGAAGCUGUCGUGACCAUUCGCAAGAAGGAAGAAGAUAAGCCCGCUGACGUCGUCCGCGAGAAUGUCAGAUACAUCACGAUGGAGGAGGUCGCAAAGCACAACUCUGAAGAGGACUGCUGGAUCGUUGUCAAGAAUAAAGUUUACGACGUCAACGAGUACAUUAAAUCGGGCGUGCACCCGGGCGGCAACGCAAGUAUCACAAUGAACGCAGGCGAAGACACGACGGAAGAUUUCGAAGCAGUCCACAGCGACAAGGCGUGGAAACAGCUCGAACCGUAUUACAUCGGCGAGUUGGGAACGACGGAACAAGCGAAAGCUACGGCGGAUGUUAAGGUCAUCAAGCAGGACGACGAGCCCAAGCGUAAGUUUCCGGAGUUCCCGAAGCGUGGUGGGGUGAACCUCUUGACUUGGUACGAGGAACAUAAGGAAGCUUACGGCGACAUGAUCACUGGCGAGGCCGCGGAAGCCGCGGCGUUCGAUCGAAUGUGGGCCGGCGCGAAGUUCGUCGUACCGAAAGACGCUCCGCUCGGGCUGAAUCCGAAGAAGUGGAUGCAGCUGAAGAUCGAUAAGAAGAUUCCACUCUCGCACGACAGCAUCCUGUUGCGCUUGAAGCUGGAAUCUGACGAGCACCAGUGCGGCAUGCCCGUGGGCUACCACAUCUAUCUCCGAGGCGAGUGGAACGGCAAGAAGGUCAUGCGCGCGUACACUCCGUCGUCCCUGAACGGUACACUCGGUGCCAUCGAGCUCGUGGUUAAGAUUUAUUACUCGGACGUGCACGAAUCGUACCCGAAUGGAGGCGCGUUGACGCAGUACAUGCACCACCUCAACGAGGGCGACGCGAUCGAAGUCAAAGGCCCAGUCGGUAACAUCAAGUACCUCGGCGGCGGCAACUUUACGAUCGACAAUAAACCUCUCUCGCCUGUGAAGAAGAUGACUCUUUUGGGCGGUGGCACCGGUGUCGCUCCCAUGCUCCAACUCAUCGUCGCCGUGCUCGCGGAUGAGAAGGACCAAACUGAGCUUUCAUUCAUUUAUGCGAACAAAACGGAGGACGACGUCUUGCUCAAGUACACGCUCGAUCGACUCGAACGGGAGCACCCGAGUCGAUUCAAGGUGCACUAUUGCAUCUCAAACGAAACGUGGGCGGCGGAAAAGAAGAAGGGUGAGGAAUGGAGCGCCGAUCGAAUCACGUACAGUCGCAUCAGCUUGCCCAUCAUCGAGAAGUACGGCUUUGCCGCCAACGGAACUUCGCACGUCGCCGUCAUGUGUGGUCCCCCAUCCUUUGAGGAAGACACGUGUAUUCCCGCUCUUGAAAAGCUUGGCUACCCGAAAGAAACCAUUAUCCGAUACUAG